AUGCCUCCCAAACGCAAACGAACAAAGCUCGAGCAAGCGAGACACUACCUCUCCGGCGGUGGUGUGCUCCGCGAAGACUCCGACGACGAGCUCGGCAUCGAAGACCACCCAUGGGAAUGGAUCUACGAAGACGAGACCAAGGCCCGCAUCGUCGGCGCCCGCAUGGGCAGGUUCGAGGUGCACGCCGGCGAUGUCGUCCUCUUGAAAGCGCCUGUCAGCAACGAGGCGUGGCUUGCCAUUCUAUACGACUUCAUCGAGAACCGAGUGGAGGAUGAGGAUGGUGAUGUGGAGGCGCAGAAGAGCGCGAGCAUGAUGUGGUUUUCGUCGGAGAAGGAGAUUCGCAGCAAGAAGAAGAGGGUCGACUAUAUGCCGAAUGAGCUGUACAUCACCGCCAAUUUCGACGAGAAUCCGCUCGCCACCAUUAAUGGCAAGGCCAAGGUUGUUUCGCCAGAGGAGUUUGCGAGACUGUAUCCUUCGGGCAAGAUUGGGAAGAAUUCGAAGGAUCUAGGCAAGACUUUCGUCUGCAGAAGAGGUGUCAGUGUGCGUACGGCAACAUAUACGGAAGAGUUCAAAUGGGAGGAUGUGUAUGGUGGACGAGAAGACAUGGACAAGCUAUGCGAGAUGGUGCAGAGUCAGACGAUCAAGACACGAAAGCGAAAAGUCACCAAAGGGACAACAGAGCAGAAUCUGGAUGAGUUUGUCGUCGACGAUGAGGAUGUUGAUGGACCGGCGACCCCGAAGAAGAAACGAAAGCUGGGUGCCAGCACGCCUACUUCAUCCAAAGCCAAACAGCAGACACCGCGCAAAGUUCUCACUCCCUCAGGACGCAAGAUCGUGACCAAGAGGCCUCUCCAUUUCACGCCCCUCGGCACUCGACUCCUUUCGCCAUCGUCCACACAAUCGUCUCCGUACCAGAUUGCACGAUCCACUCUGCACGUCUCUGCCGUACCGCAUGCCCUCCCCUGUCGCGAGUCGGAAUUCGAAACCGUGCACUCUCAUCUCGAGGCAGCCAUUGCUGCCGGCACAGGAGCGUGUAUCUACAUCUCCGGUACUCCAGGGACAGGCAAGACGGCUACAGUGCGCGAGGUGGUGGCUUCCCUCCAAGCAGCCGUGAGCGAAGAGCAACUCGACGACUUCUACUUUGUCGAGAUCAACGGGAUGAAAGUCACAGAUCCUCACCAAUCAUACUCGCUGCUAUGGGAAGCGCUCAAAGGCGAUCGCGUGAGUCCCUCGCAUGCUCUCGAUCUGCUGGAGCGCGAGUUCAGCACGCCCAGUCCCCGCCGCGUGCCCUGCGUGGUCCUCAUGGACGAACUCGAUCAGCUCGUCACGCGCAACCAGGGCGUCAUGUACAACUUCUUCAACUGGCCGCAACUCCGGCACUCCCGACUGAUCGUGCUCGCAGUAGCAAACACCAUGGACCUACCGGAACGCACGCUCUCCAACAAAAUCAGCUCCCGCCUGGGCCUCACACGCAUCACCUUUCCAGGCUACACUCACACCCAGCUCAUGAUGAUCAUCCAGUCGCGCCUCGAAGGCGUCGGACAGGUAAUCGUCGACCCCGACGCAGUGCAAUUCGCCAGCCGCAAAGUCGCCGCCGUCUCAGGCGACGCACGCCGAGCGCUCGACAUCUGCAGACGAGCAGUCGAGCUCGCCGAGCAAGAAAGCCUCUCCACCUCCGACACAGGGAAGGAAAAUCAAGCACCCGACACACCCAGCAAAACCCCCGGUCGCCAGCAGAACCCGCUCCCCUCCAACAACAACAAAAAGGGCAUCGUGACCAUCGCGACCAUCAAACGCGCCAUCAACGAAGCCACCUCCACCCCUCUAGCAGCCCAUCUGCGCUCCCUCCCGCUAGCAUCCAAAGUCUUCCUCGCAGCGCUCCUAGCCCGCCUAAGAAGAACAGGAAUAACGGAAUCCACCCUCGCCGACGUCCUCGACGAAGCGCGCAAAAUGGGCCUAACAUCGCAAAACAAAGCAAUCGACACGUACCUCCUGACACCAGACACCACUCCCAAUCACCCUCGAGAGGAGUUCACUGGCGCAGAAGCGCACACCACGCCUUCGAAACGUGGCCGCCCGCCGAAACCCAAGGAUCCGGAGAAGGCGGCGCGAGUGCUGGGUUUGGGCGCUGCGGCGGAGGAGCUGGCCGAGGCGGGGAUUGUGGGGUUGGAGGCCAGGCAUGGGGGGCGGGUGGGGAGGGUGCGGUUGGGGGUUGGGGAGGAGGAGAUUCGGGGGGCGUUGAAGGAGGAUGAGGAGGGGAGGGGGUUGGGGUUUGGGGGGUGA